AUGUCGCUCGUCGAUAACGACGCCUUCUUGGAGAGGCUCAAGGAGCUCUUUGACGCGACAAAGGAGAGGGGCGCAGUAUGGCUCACCCACAAACGACUCAAUCAUGACGGAGAAGAUGCUAUAGUCAACGAUGAAGACUCUGAGCGAUUGCUGAUACUGCGCGUCACGGAUGGCAAAAAGACGAAGUUCUCCACCAAGAUCCACCCAGACCACCUAACCGUCUUCCACGCCGCAUACGGCAACAUCCUCAAAGCCUCCAUGACCACCCUCCGCAAACGCGACAAGAAGCGCGAAAAGCAGCGCGCCGAAUCUAUAGCCGCGAAGAAGGCGCGCACAGCCAAGCCCGUCGUCAUCGACGGGCCCAAGCGCGGCAAGGGCCGCAGAAAGCGCCAGCGCAAGGUCAAGGCCGCGCUCAAGCAGGAGGAGAUGAAGGAGCGCCAAGCGAAGCGGGAGGAGGCGCGCGAGAAGGCGGCGGCAUCUGCUGCCGCGGCGGGCGAGUCGUGAGGGUGUUGGAGGUAUCGCAAAAUUUCUUGAUUCAGCUGUAUUCGAUAUGGUACAGCAAUCUAACGUUUUGUGGUGA